ACUUUUUCUUUUCUCUUUUUUAUAAUCAUAUUCUUAUAUAAAAUAUGGGUGGAAUAAGAAAAACAACAAUUGCACUAUAUCUUCUUCAAAGACUUAAAGAAGUUGGUAUUGAUACUAUCUUUGGUGUUCCUGGUGAUUAUAAUCUCAGCUUUUUAGAUAUACUUGAAAAUGACAAAGAACUUACUUGGGGAAAUAAUGCAAAUGAAUUGAAUGCUGCUUAUGCCGCUGAUGGCUAUGCUCGUGUCAAAGGUGCAGGUGCUGUAUUGACCACUUUUGGUGUGGGCGAAUUAUCUGCUACAAAUGGUAUUGCCGGAUCUUACGCUGAAAUGGUACCAGUGAUUCAUCUUGUUGGCACACCAAGUACUUCCUCUCAAGCAACUGGUGCGUUAUUACAUCAUUCUCUAGGUAAUGGUGAUUUCUCUGUCUUUAUCAAUAUGUACACCAAUAUCACUGCUGCUAGUGCCCAUCUUACUACUGGUAGUGCUGCUCGACAAAUUGAUGAAGUUCUCUCUACAUGUUUACGUCGUCGUCGUCCAGGUUACAUUGGUAUUCCUGCUGAUAUUGUCAAUCAUGAAAUUAUGGUUGAAGAUAUUCCAUUGGAUUAUUCUAUCCCAAAAAAUCCUCCUGAAACUCAAGAAGCAGCUUUGAAAGCGAUUAUUCAAGCCAUUGAAGUAGCCAGACAUCCUAUCAUCAUUGCUGAUGCCUGUGUUGUACGAAAUCAUAUGCAUAAAGACGUGGCUGAAUUGGUCAAGGUAUCUGGUUUUCCUGUCUAUUCAGCUCCUAUGAGUAUCGAUGUAGUAGAUCAUAAUUUGCCCAAUUAUCGUGGUUGUUAUAGUGGUGCCUCCUCUUUGGAUAAGGUGAAAGAAGAAGUCCUUCAUUCCGAUUUGAUUCUUGAAUUGGGUUCCGAACAAACCGAUGUCAACACAGGUGGAUUUACUUAUGGUUUAGUGCCAUCCAAGGUGAUUGAAUUCCAUACAUUCUCUACCAAGGUAUUCUAUUCUACUUAUGAAAAGGUGGCAAUGCAAGAACUCGUCCCACUACUUAUCAAGUACUUCCCAAAACAAGCCUCCCGCGACAUCCAGAAAGUCAUCAAGGAUUUAGGUCCUCGAGCACAACGAUCAAUCACGCCACCAGGUGAAACAAUGCUUCAAGAUUAUUUUUGGAACAAGAUUGUGGAUUAUCUUCCUGAACGAUCAGUGGUCAUUGCCGAAACAGGUACCCCUGCUUUGGGUGCAUUCAAUUUGACUAUUCCGAAAGACUGCAUCUUCAUCUGUCAAGUUCUCUGGGGUAGCAUUGGAUAUACAGUUCCAUCCACACUAGGUGCUGCGUUGGCCGACCGAUCUAGACGAGUAUUUUUGAUGGUGGGUGAUGGUUCAUUCCAAUUGACAGCACAAGAAGUCUCUGUGAUGCUCCAUCAUGGUGUGUGUCCUAUUAUUCUCUUAUUCAACAACGAUGGUUAUCUGAUUGAAAAAUUACUCCAUGCUUACGGACGCAAGUACAAUGAUUUUCAAAUGUGGGAAUACGCCAAUACUUUCAACUACAUGGGUGCCAACCUGGCCAUCAAUCAGAAACGUGCCACUCGACCUUUCCGCAUUGGUGUUCAAAAUAAAAUCACAACUCGUAAAGAAUUUGAAAGUGCUAUGCAUCAAGCUAUUGCUCAACCAGAUCAUAUUCACUUUUUGGAAAUCAUCUUUCCUUCCAAUGAUGCUCCUGAAGAAGUUAUCAAGCAUUCUGGCUCUUAUGGAGGUACUUAGAUUAAUCUGUAUAUGUAUAUAUGUAGUUGUGUUUAUUGACAAAUGAAUGAAUAUGAAAUAAUAAUAAUAAUAGUAAUAAAAAAGUAGUUUAUAUGUAU